GCGGUGGGAUUCAACCGUAAUCGCGGAGACCUCGGCGUUCGACUCAGGAGUCCAAGACUCCAUGGUUAAAAGCGGCGCGCCAUGCUCCUUUCUCCACUCGUGACCAAUCCUAGGCUGCAGCAACAAACAUGGCCCUAGUAGAGAGAAUGCGGAGAGAGAGAGAGCCGCGAGUGUACGGGUUCUGGCGGAGCUGCGGCUUCAAGCAAGGUGCCGUGCAAAGUCGCUGGGGAGUACGCGCGAAGCAUUGCCACACGGCAACCUGGAAGCAAGGGUCUCGGCGUAAUUAUACUGCAGUGGGGAUUUCACAGCGCACGCCAGGCGGACGAACCGUGGAUGGGCGCGGUCGGCAUUUCACCGGACCGGGCCUUCAUCGCCAAAUCGAGCCGAGCGUCGGGAAUUCUAACGAGCAAGCUACAGAGGAUCUAGGGCCUCAGCUGGUAGAGUCUGCUGAGCAGGAGCUCGUUGAAGGAGAAGAAGAGGUGGUCGAAGAGGAGCCGCCUAACACUAAGGCUUUCGACUUGAUCUAGGUGCCGUCUCCCAGUCGGCUUUGUGGCGCCAGGGAAUAAUAUUUAGUUCACUUUAUUUUAUCAUUUAUUUCUGUAAGACUUCCGCUAUGUAAUAAGUACAUUUAUGAUAUUUAUGACAUUUGUCUCUAUGCACUCUGUUAUUA